ACAAACAUCAACUCACCAUGUACAGGCUAUAACCGGGAAGGCCGACGAUCGAGCCGACCGCGCAGCCGCUCUUAUCGCCAGCAAACUCUCGUGCAGCAGUUCCGAGCCUGACACGAGCCAGUUCACAAUGCAAGCGAUUUGGUCGCUACGGUGGACGGGAGUGAUACUGCUGCUGUCGGUUUGUGGUGUCUGUGGGGACGAUCCCGUAUUUCGGUGCCGGGAUUAUCUGCGCUAUCUCACGCUGAAUACCUGUAUCAUUCAGAACGUGGACCUGGAUGCGGCGUCGGACUUGGGUGAGCUGUCGUUUCCGCGGGAGAUGGACUUGGAGUUUCGCAAUGCCCGCUUUCGGUUUCUGGGCGUUGAGCUGUUCCAGCUGAUGGGGGACACCAGGCAGCUGACGCUGCGAGGGGGGUUCACACGGGAGAUCAUUUUCUGGUCAGUGUCGAUAGAGGUGCUUCGGGUGAUCAACACGGAUCUGGUGAUGUUUGAUGUUCUCGGGGAACCGAACUAUAGCUUGAAGCAGCUGGCUAUUCGUAGUGCUUUGUUUUCAAGGUGGUCUCCGUCCAUGAUGUACUUGAAGGCACUGGAAGUGAUCGAUGUUGCGUAUUGCAACUUUACCUAUUUUGACUUGGACCGAGUUGGAGGAUUCAAGAAUCUAAGAGUGCUUGACCUGUCCAACAACAAGCUACAGGCACUGCACAGUGGACCGUUUCUUAAGCUUGAGAGAUUGGAGGAGCUGUAUCUGCAGGGGAACCAGCUGGAGUUCAUGUGGCGAUUUCCGGACGUUGUUCCAGGGUUGAAGUACAUCACGGUGUCGGAUAACCGUUGGUCGUGCAACUGGGUGGUGAUGGCCCGCAAUACGUUCUGGUUGAUGAAGGUCACUCUGAUGGAUUCGGAUUACAGCUGUGGAGCUGGCUGGGAGAACAGCGGUGGUUUGUGCUGCAAACCCAGUAAGGUCGUGUUGAACGUGGAGGAUACCGCUAAGUUGGACCCGUACGUUCAGGGAGGAGUUCUGGAUAUUUUAAUAGAAGAGAAUGACAACGAAACACAAGCUGUCGGUGCAGAAAUGGGCAAUUCAGCAGUUUAUCUCGACGAUCCAAUAGCUGUAUAGCGCAGUUUCUAAUUAAAAGAUUAGGAAAAUA